GUGAGGACGCUCUUUGUCAGCGGAUUGCCUCUGGACAUCAAGCCCCGGGAACUUUACCUGCUCUUCAGGCCCUUUAAGGGGUACGAAGGGUCUCUUAUCAAACUCACCUCCAAGCAGCCCGUAGGCUUCGUCAGCUUCGACAGCCGCUCCGAGGCGGAGGCAGCAAAGAACGCUCUGAACGGCAUCCGCUUCGACCCCGAGAUCCCCCAGACGCUGCGGCUGGAGUUUGCCAAGGCGAACACCAAGAUGGCCAAGAGCAAGUUGGUGGGCACCCCCAACCCCAGCACACCUCUCCCCACCGCUGUACCUCAGUUCAUCGCCCGGGAGCCCUAUGAGCUCACAGUGCCUGCACUUUACCCCAGUAGCCCUGAAGUGUGGGGGCCGUACCCUCUGUACCCAGCGGAGUUAGCACCUGCUCUACCUCCUCCUGCUUUCACCUAUCCCGCUUCGCUGCACGCCCAGAUGCGCUGGCUCCCUCCCUCCGAGGCUGGUUCUCAGGGCUGGAAGUCCCGUCAGUUCUGCUGA